GCUAUUAUUAUAUGCCCACGUUCCCUCUUCCCCUCCUCUUCUCUUUGAUUCGUUUCCCUCGUACUGGUGUAGAAGAGAUUGACAUGGAGGUUCCCACAGGGUUCUUGGCCACGCUAUGGAGCUUUCUCUCACUCGCCCCUUUCUUCUUAUUGCUUCUGCUCCUGGGAAUCAUCAAAGCUGCUGUAAUAGGUCCGAUAGUAGCUGCUGUAAUUUUCUUCGGAAACUCUGCGGUGAUCAUCGGUCUUUGGCCCGCACACUUCAUCUGGACUUACUACUGUUUAAUAAAAACAAAGAGAAUUGGGCUGGUUCUGAAGAUCCUGCUGCUGAUCACCUUGCCGGUGCCGCUGCUUCUGUGGCCGGUAUUCGGCAUUCUAGGGAGCCUUUUAGUAGGAAUAGGAUAUGGGUAUUUCACGCCUCUGAUCGCAACGUUCGAGGCCGUUGGGGAGGAUGUCCUCGACAAGUUCUCUCACUGCUUCACUGACGGAUGCAAGAGUACGAUAGAAGGAGCUUGUACGACAGUUCGAGACUUCACGGAUUUCUGUUUCCACUCCUACUUCUCGUUCAUGGAUGAUUUAAGCGAGAAAGUAAGGGAUGAUGAGACUCCCAUUGAUAUCAAGUUAUCGACGCUCCCGAAGAGUUUACUGGUUUGCCUUCUCGCUGUCCCUAUAGAUGUACUAGUGAUAAGUGCUGUGGCAUUGUGGAAAAGUCCGUACAUGCUGUUGAAAGGAUGGCAGCGGCUUUUUCAUGACUUACUUGGAAGAGAAGGACCUUUCCUGGAGACUGUGUGUGUACCCUUCGCUGGUCUUGCUAUUGUACUGUGGCCUCUUGCGGUAACUGGGGCAGUGAUUGCCUCAUUCAUCUCCAGCUUCUUCCUCGCUCUCUAUGGUGGAUUGAUUACUUAUCAGGAGGAUUCUCUGCGAAUGGGUCUUGCAUAUGUUGUGGCAGUGAUAUCACUCUAUGACGAGUACACAAAUGAUUUACUUUACCUAAGAGAAGGUUCUUGUCUCCCAAGGCCAAAGUAUCGGAAAUCUCAAUUUACUGAGAGGAAACAUCAGAUGGACCAGAGAAAGAACGAAAAUGAUAGAAUAGUGUCAGCACCGAACAUAUCUAAGUUGGUUUCAGAAAGAUCAAGGACACUAAAGAAAGCUAUUAAAGAGUUAAGACCUAUACAGAUUUGGGAUUGGCUCUUCAGAUCAUGCGAGAUAAAUGGAAGGAUAUUGUUAAAUGAGGGUCUGAUACGUGUUGUGGAUAUAGAGGAAUGCAUCAUUGAAGGGAAAUGCAAGAAAUUAAGCAUCAAGUUACCUGCUUGGUCUAUUCUACAGUGCUUGAUAAGAUCAGCAAAAUGCGGCUCAAACGGACUACUUAUAUCUGAUGAGGUGGAGCUCACUAACUUUAAUUGGCCAAAGGAUAGUGUAUUAUAUUGGAUUCUUGGACCAUUACUGGUUAUGAAGGAGCAGAUAAGAAGCAUGGAGUUGAGCGAGGAUGAAGCAGCAUGUUUGAGGAAGUUGCUUUUGACCAGAAGCAAUGAGAAGCCAGAGGACUGGGAUGAUUGCGGGUUCCCAUCAGAUGAUAAUGUAAGAAGAGCUCAGUUACAAGCAAUCAUCAGAAGAUUGCAGGGAAUUGUUGCUAACAUGUCGCGAAUCCCGAGUUUCCGGAGAAGAUUCAAUAAUCUGGUCAAGGCUUUGUAUUCAGAAGCAGUAGAAAUCGGUGCAGUCGGUCAAAAAGGAAGCUCAAAAUCGGGAGUAACAAAUAGUAGACUGGUUGGCAGUGAAGAAACUCAAAACAACCGUGUGGAAAGAACACACGAAGUAGACAGGCCUACUGAUGGUGGUGAAAUUGUGUGAUGCGAAAUUCUCUUAAUCAAAGAUCAUUUUGUAGAAGAGAAAAAUAAUGCUACUAUAGCUUGUCAUGAUUUUUUGUCCAUGAAAUUACUUAAAAAUUGCAGAGGUC